AUGGAGAGAACUCACAGGAGCGGCGCUGAAACCAAGCCCUUUCACACCAAUGCCAUUGAGAAACCCGCAGGAUCUGUCCUGAUGGACACCAAGGAAAACUUAAGGAAUGAGAUCUGGGACCUGAGAGAGACAGCGGCCAACCUUGAUGUUGAAAAGCAGGAGAUCGUUAAGGAGUAUAAGAGCGUGAAAGAGCAGAACAGGACCUUGGAAGCCAAAAUCGAUUGUUUCAAAGCCAUGGUGGAGGACUUGGAAAAGGAAAAGGAAGAACUUCAGCAGACGCUCCAACAGCUCGAAGACACAGUGGCAGCCUUGGAGUCCCAGAACCAGACCUUCAAAGAGACCAACAAGGUGCUCCGCUCCAAAAUCCAGAAGGUCUCCAACCAUGUCAUCGUGUUUCAGGAUUACAAGGCUACUCAGGAGCAGGAUAUUUUGCGUAUGAAGCAGGUGAUGGAGAAAAUCGUGGGGUACUUUAAACAGUUGGAGGCGAAAAUCGAAACCGCCGAGCAACGGUACGAGGACGAGCAGAACCAGGCUGCCGAGCUGAAGCGCACGAUGGAUGAGCUCGAACAGAUCCGUGAAGUGCAGGAAAACGAGAUCCUCUGUCUGCAGGGGCAGCUGGAACAGGCCUCCUUGUUCAAGUCGGAGACGGAGGACGGCCUGGAGGCCCCCUCCCUGCUCCAAGAGAUGGUCCAGGCCAAACUGGUGCAAGAUUCCCUAGCGAUGCAAAAGACUCUCUUCUUCCUCUUAUCCAGAGGAAUGUGGGUGCUGAUGGUCAUGAUCGUUGGCCUGGAAUUUUCAAACGUGUUGGUCUUCCUGUUCAGCAAAGACUUUGAGCCUGGGAAACAGUUGGUGAUGUUUCCCGACUGCCUCGGGUGGGUAUCCAACAUCCUGCCCUCAUAUUACGACCGGAAGCUGAGCGGCUUGCUGCCUCUAUGA